AAAGAGGAUGGUAGGCGAGAGGGGAGGAAGCAGGUGGAGGGAUCGAGACAGCAGAAUGGCAGAGGACGGAGAGGAAUCGAUCAGAGAGAAGGGGAACGAGGUACGCUCAAAGAAGGGCUAGGCCGUGGUUUUGUUUGAUCAUCAGAAUGCUCUCAUUAGCACCAGAAAAAAGGUCGCUCCCAGCGUCUCAGUGGGCAAGUGGGCGACGCAGGCGCGAUUCGGGCCAGCAGUGGGGCGCCUGCCUCCGGCCUCCAGCUGCCAGCCUGCCACUGACUUCAGUUUCUGUCUGCAACUUGUUGUUAGUGCAACAGCGCCGACCGCACCUGGCCGUGUUAGCCAGGAGUGGGGCCUUGCCGAUGUGUGCAUCCACUACGUCACGCCCGAUUCAGUCAAUCGCGACUUUCCCAGUCACCUGCUGCACUGAAUUGCACGCUUGCACGCUAACAGAUGAAUUGAUGACAAUCGUCGUCAAUGUAAUUAGAGCAGCGUUGGCCAUGCGCGCCUUUUCCUUCGACGCUAUCAGGUCCAGUCCUCUACUGUUAGUCGGCCAUCGCGCGCCGGCCCUUGAUCCUGCCAAAAUCGCCAGCUCCUACAUAGCAACGGGCCUCUUGGAGAAGUUAGAACCCUGCGUCUGGCUGGCUCUUUCCGUCGGCACCCCAGCAAAUUUGGCACCCACAACGCCCCCGGGAAGAACCCACACAGUGAAUUGGAUGCUUUUGACCUUUCGGGACAGAGGGAGCCAAAGCAUCGGCCGGCCGAGACUGAUGAAGCAUCAACAAGUUCCAAGUAAAAUUCAUCGAGCUGUAUCGUGGUGUUCAUCUUUGCCAUCUGCCCUGGGACAGGCCCAAGGCCUCGGCGAUUACAUCCUCCAUCCAACAGGCCAGCUUUGAGCACGUACGAAUCACACCACGCACAGUAUGAUCCAUGGGCGUACGGCACGAUACAUCCAGCCUGCUGCAUGCGUCCAC